AUGAAAUUUUGGCUUCUCACAAUCUGGGUCGUUUCUGCGGCAUCAUAUGUUGUCAACGAAAACACUACAUGCACCUUAUACCCGGAAUCCCUCACCCAUAAUGGAGAGCCAGUUGAUGAUUCCCCAUCAAUUCACCAAGCUUUCGAUCUCUGUGGUACAAAUGGCACGAUCAUCUUUUCUCAAAACACGUUUCAUAUCAACUCAGUUCUCAACACCACAAACCUGCUGAACUGCGAUGUGAAGCUCCGAGGCGAGCUCCGCUUCUCCACCAAUAUCCCGUAUUGGCGAUUGCACUCUUAUAAUGUGGUCUUGCAGAAUCAAUCUACAGCGUGGCUGUUUGGUGGGACCAAUGUGACACUUCGUGGAGAAGAUGGCGGUUGGUAUAACGGAAAUGGCCAGGCUUGGUACACCCAAAAUCGCAAUGGGGCAAAUGAACCAGGACGUCCAAUUAGCAUCACAUUUUACAACUCAACCAACCUCCUGGCUGACGGUCUUGCAAUAAUUCAACCUCAGUUCUGGGCAACUUUCGUUUGGGCUAGUAAGAAUGUUUCUAUCACCAACUUUCUUGUCAACGCGACGAGCGAUAAUCAAUGGGACACGACAAAUACAGACGGAUACGACUCCUGGAAUAGUGAUAUGCUCUUGGUUGAGAAUGCGACCAUUACGAAUGGUGAUGAUUGUAUCGCUGCUAAAGGCAACACUACCAACCUUUUCGUUAAGAAUGUCACCUGUCAUGGAUCCAACGGUAUGACAAUUGGCUCUGUCGGACAGUAUCCUACCAUGCCAGACUAUGAUAUCAAUAUCACAUUUCAAGACGUCAAAUGUUUGAAUUGUGCCGAUGGCGCAUACAUCAAAACAUGGCAAGGGGUACCGGAGACAGAUGAUUCCAACGGAGAUGCUGGUGGUGGUGGUAGUGGAUUAAUCAAAAACAUCACAUUCAAGAAUUUCGAGAUGACAAAUGUUGGCCUUCCAAUCCAGAUCUCGCAAUGCAUCUAUACUGAGGCAAGCAAUAAAUAUUGCAACACUUCUAAGAUGCAGAUCGAGGAUGUGACAUGGGCGAAUAUUACCGGAACAUCACGCUACAACAUUGCGGCAUCGAUCUAUUGUUCGGCUCUUCAUCCAUGCCCGAAUAUUACUUUUGACAACGUCAACUUGACAAGUGUUAACGGCACUCUUGGAUUGCCCAAUUAUGGUACUACCAUUCAGCAUGAAGUGUUUCAGUGUGCCAAUAUAAUUGGGCAAGAUGGUUCUGGUAUUCCAUGUAAUCAUGUCGCUCCUAAUAACUUCAGCCAGGGCGUUUCUGGGAAUAUCAAGACUUAG